GCGGAUCUUCUAUCAAAGAUGGCGGACAAAAGUGUCGGAAGUCUUUUAAACCGCGUUGUGUUGCCUGGCGAUGUUAUCGGUAAUGUAGCUGAUUUGGAAGGAAGACUUGAAGGGAAAAACAAAGUUAAGCUCGGUCCAGGCUUAAGAGAAGUAAAUGGCGUGAUCAUGGCCUACAAAGCAGGGGUUUUUAGACAUCGAAACCCGUCAAUCUACAUGAUCGAUUGCAAUCAAAGAAGGGUUAGUAUCUUUGAAGUAUUUUUGUUCACAACUCCAGGUUUUUUUUCUUUCUGAUCACGGUAUAUGGAACAAUUGUAACGAAAAAUUCUUGCAAUUUAUCGUUGCGCGAAAAUUACAACACCGUGUAGCAUGCUGGAGAAAACUUUUUCCUUCAACUUUUAACUUUGCAUCACGUAGCGAGGUUUUGACUUGGGUUAAAAAAUGGAUGGUAACGCAAGGUGAAGAAUGUUUGUGAAAUUGAUUUGUGUUACAUGGCUGCCAUCAACUUAUUUUGUGCGUCAACUUCGCAGAAUUUCAUUCACUUUUCCAGCGACGGAAGUUUAAACAAACGAAAUGCGGGACCUGUGCUCAAACGUUGCGGAAAUUGUUAUGUUAAAUAUCGUAUCACCUAACAUAACCUUUGCGUAGAGAAAAUGCGCGAGCAAUUUUUUGGCCCCGUAACCUGUGUCUGCUCCUCAUUCAUUUCUUGAGAACCUUUAACCUAGACUUGGCUGAAGCUCAUGUUGUGGAGCGCUAGAUUGCCUUGUGGGAGGUUUAGGGUCCAAGCCUUAGAGUGGACUAACACUCAGGGUCAUAAAGAAAAAACUGAGGAGAAAGUGUUGCCUUUAUUACGAAAUUUGCAAAUGGUUAGAUAUUCUAGUGGUCUCAUAUUAGAAUGAUAAAUUGUAAACCUUGUCUCCCAUCUUUUUGGAUGAGCCAAUAGAAUACCAGGAUUUCUGAGUUGCUCUCUGCCAAUCAGACAAAAGCCUCCUUUGUUGUGUCCUGCAACCUCCCUUCAUUGGUCAGCAGGGAAUGUUAAGGGACCCAUGCACCUCUCUCAAAAAACAGGGAAUGUAGUUCCCAGAGUUGUGGUCUGGUCAUUUUAGAUAGUAUCAUUACAAGCCGCAUUGCAAGUAGAGAAAUAAAAAUAAAUAGAUUUGUGACAUGCUUUUCAGUACAUUCCAGUGAAGGAAGAGAAAGUCAUUGGAAUCAUAACAAACAGAGGCUCUGAUAGUUACAAAGUAGACAUUGGAGGGGCAAUGCCUGCAUCAUUACCAAGUUUAUCAUUCGAGGGAGCCACUAAGAAGAAUAAACCUAAUCUUCAGGUACAAAAAAAAUUAAAAAACAAAUAUAUUUUUUUAAAAAACUAGAAAUAACAAUCUGUGUACUUUGUCUAGCUGGCUGAACCAUUUUACUUCAAGAUCUCAUUAGUAGUUCUUCUUACUGUUUGCUGUACAAGUUGUGUGAUGUUAGUUUGGAGAAUUUGAACUUUUUUGUUUUUACCACAUUUUGACAUCAUUUUUGAUCUAUUACUGAACAUACACACAGAAACUUGGAAUCUUUUUGUCAAUCAUUUACUUGCAGGGCUAAAAAUUGGCGGUCGCAUGGUCGCCAGGGGCAAGUUAAAACUGACCAGUGCCUGACCAAAAGUUAAGGUUUGAACGCCCGAUGUGCAACUAUGCUACAGAAUUUCGAAAAGUUGCAAUGUAAAUUAUGCAAAGUACAAAGUUAAAAAUUAAACUCAAUAUUUAGUUUCAUUGUACUAACUUUCUCUUUGUUUCUUUGCCUGGACUCUAAGAUCAUCCAUUGUAGUGAAUUUUUAGUUCUGAAGUGGAAAUUCCAAGCCGUUUUAGCAGUGAUUUCACGAGCUUGUUCUUUCCUUUUAGUUAAUGCUCCAAUAAAAGCCAUGGGGCAUUUAUUUAAGUUUUUCAUUUUAAACUAAAGGAAAUCAAGGGCUACUUCAUUUUGGGAUGGGCCACUAAGAAUUCAAAGAAACUGGCCUGACUGGCCACCAAGCACUGGAGUUAAUUUUUAGCCCUGCACUUGCAGCUGAUAAUCAGCUACCUUAUUGUUUUGAGAAAAGGAUUUACAACUGAUCAAUUUUAUCAAUUUCAGAUAGGGGAUAUUGUUUACGCCAGGCUUUGUGUUGCAAAUAAGGACAUGGAACCUGAACUGGAUUGCACAGAUGGCAGUGGAAAAAGCACUGGUCUGGGACAGCUGUCUGGAGGCUUUAUGAUCAAUUGUUCACUUGGACUUUCAAGAAAGUAAGUGAGAUUUCUGAGUUUUUUUAAUCCCAUACGGUAAUUGGUCCUGUGGCCCCAAGUCAUGUUGCCCCUCCAAAUGUUGUCACCUACAUGCCACUAAUAGGCCAUAGGUCUUACAUGACUCUGAGUUUAGGGGGAAUUAAGUAAAAGAAAUUCAUCAUUUAUCUCGCAACCUCGAAGUGAUUUGUUUUGUUUUAUUCUCCCAAGCCUCAGAGCCAAAUUUGAAUAUGAAUAUAUUGAAUAUGGCCUACUAGAGUAUGUAGGAAUUUCCAUAAGGGAGGUUAUAAAUAUUCAUACUGAUAAGAAUAUGAGUACAUACCGGAUUGUUUAAUAAUGGGUAUGGUAUCAUUUCCUUUUAUCAAUUUUCACUUGCACAUCUGGGUCAACCUGAGCUUUUUUCUGGCAAGAAAUAAAGCCCAGUGCAACGGUCCAGUUUGAGAACCAGUGGAGUAAUUUUGUUUGUCCUUAACCCUUUAUUUCCCAGAAGUGAUUAAAAUGUAACAUCUCCUUACAAUAUCCAUACACUAUUCAGCAAACAAGUAAUAAGAAUGCUCAAACUUAUCAGGUGGAAGUUCUUAUCAAUGAUGUAACACCAAAUUCAUGUAAUUUGCUCACAAGGAAAUGGUUAGCAGCUAAAGGGGAGAAUUAAUAAUCUGAUCUUGGGAGUUACAGGGUUAAGUAGGAUACUGUACUUUACUCUCACAUUACCUCUCUCCACUCAGAAGUAUAAAUGGGUUCAUGUGAACUGUCAGGGAAAGCAAGCAAAAUCCCAGAAGGGUGGGUGGGGGGCAAGGGCUUGGGCUUGGGCUUGGGCUUGGGCUUGGGCUUGGGCUUGGGCUUGGGCUUGCUUUAGAUAAAUGAAAGUGCUUCUCAUGCUGCAUCUCUCCACUCAGGAGUAUAAAUGGGUACCUGUGAACUGUCAGGAAAGCUAGCAAAAUCCUGGAAAGGUGACGGGGGGGGGCUUGGGCUUGUGUUAGAUAAAUGAAAUUGCUUCUCACGCUGUCUCUCUCCACUCAGGAGUGUAAAUAGGUACAUGUGAAUUGUCAGAGAAAGCUAGCAAAAUCCUUGAGUGGUGGAAGGGGGGGGGGGAGGGGGGGCUAGGGAUUAGAUGAGAUGAAUGAUAGUGCCUCUCUCCACUCAGGAACAUAGGUGAGUACAGGCAAACUCUCAGGGGAACUUGAAAAAAAUGUCAGUAGAGGGGAGGGGAGAGAAGGGUAAGGGGGAGAAGGGAAGGGGAGGGCAGGGGACCAGAGGGGUAGUUUAUGACUAGCAUCCCAUCAAAGUUAGAGUGGUUUUAUUUGUAUUCACUUUUUGGUUUAGAAACCAUUAUACUGUAAGCUCUGGCUGGAAUGGCCAGUAGGUUUUGAAACCAACUUCACAUGUACCUUGUGCCUUUUGUAAACUUUUGUGGCACAAAUUUUAAUGAUUGUUUGACUAUGUGAUUCUCUCAUAGACUGCUCAGCAAAGAAUUUGUUCUUCUAAAAUGUCUUGGAAAGCACUUUUCAUUUGAACGUACUGUGGGAAUGAAUGGGAGAGUGUGGAUCAAUUCAUCAAUACAAUACCUUACUGUUGAUUACUGUUGCCAAUGCUGUGUCGAACUCUGAAUACAUGAACAACAAUCAAAUUGAGACAAUGGUGAAACAGCUUGUGAAAGGAAUGCAGUCAUAAGAACAGCAUAAAUCUUAUCCUCUGAGUAAUUUUCUUGAAUUUCAUGAUGGAAAGAACAAGGAAACAAAAAAACCACCGUUUUGAAAAGUGAUACUGUAUUUAAGAUUAAUCUCAAGAUUUUACAAUACAUGUAUCUCUGUUAGUAAAUGUACUAUGAUCAGUCAAUGAAGUGGGCCAUGUUUCAUCGUACAGCCUGCUGAAUUCAAAAUUUGUUCGUAGUUAAGUCUCCUCCCUGUAUUUGAACCCAGAGAUAUAAUAUUUCACUAAGUUAUUUUCUUGGUGUGUGCUGUCAGUUACAGAACCUCCUUUUUUUCGCUCAGAUUUAUAGCUUGCGCGCUUUGCACUUGGGUCACAAAUCCAAGCACAGAAAAGUUGGUCCAUGACUUAUAGUGCCAACUUCUAACUCAGAGCUUCACAAUGCGUGAAUGGAAUACACAAAAUCACUUCAAAGAGUUCUUCAUAAAAUCAGUUGGGAUCUCUGAGGAAAGUAAGGGUGUUCAAAAGUGCCUUUGGAAGAGGUCAUGGCAAUUGUAUUGCAUUGUAUUUCAAGUAUCAGCUCACCGCAACUACACCUGCAAGAGACAUUUUGUUUAAAAAAACCGAGUCUCACUUUUAAUCUUUAAAUAUUACAGACAAUUUGUAUUUCAUAACGCAAAAAGGAUCAUGGUAUAUUUACUUUGUCUAAGUCUUGCCUUUAAAAAAAGAUUGUAUGUUCAUUCAGCAUAAAAAUAGAAAAUAUGUUUAUAUAACACGAUAAACAACCCAGUUGUAACUUUUUAGGUGAGCUUCUCCACAGAGG